GCCAUCUUGUUUAUUUUCAUGACAUGAGGUUGAUCUUGCCGUUCGACGAAGGCAGGAUAGUAAAUUGUAUUAACUUUCUAUCGGUGAGCAUUUAACUAAAUUUGCUGCCUUUUUUUUAGUAAUAUAUAUCGGUGUUCGGGUGUUGAUGCCUUCCCCUUCCUGGGGGGUUGACACCAGCAGACAUUGGGCGAAUAGCGAGCAAGUAUUUUAAAGUGAGCGUGUCUGGAAAGAAUUUGGAGACUGGUUCGGGAAAAGAAAGAACAGUAAUUCACAUUAAAUCCAAGAAAAUUAAGGAAGGCCUCUAUUGUCCUGUUCCUAAUAUGAACCAUUUAAAUCAAGUUAUUUAUGAUAAACAUUGUCACCUUUCUGAAUCCGAAGAAAUGGACACUCGUGAAGAUGAUAAUGGACAAAUUCAAACUGAUGGAAGUGGAGAAGAACGAUAUUUAAAUGGUGAUAUACAGGAGGGAAAUUUAAGUAGUCAAGAAGAACCAAUGGAAGAAGAAGAUGAAGCUCGCUCUGAAGCAACGUUUAGAUUCGUCGUUUCAAAUUUUAGCAAAUUACGGGAAACAGCUCUUAGCCCACCAACAUUUGUUAGAAAUUUACCAUGGAAAAUCAUGGUUAUGCCUCGCACGAGUCAUGGACAAGAUAGGCAGCCGACUAGAAGUUUAGGUUUCUUUUUACAAUGUAAUGGAGAAUCUGAAUCAUCUACAUGGUCUUGUAAUGCUCUAGCUGAUUUAAAGAUAAUAGCCCAAAAAGAAGGAGUUGAAAAUUUUUCCAGAAAAAUCCAGCACCUAUUUUACAGUAAAGAAAAUGAUUGGGGAUUUAGUCAUUUUAUGACAUGGAAUGAUGUUUUAGAUGUAGAUAAAGGAUUCAUUAAAGAUGAUACAGUAAUUUUAGAAGUUAGUGUUACUGCUGAUGCUCCUCAUGGUGUGAGUUGGGAUUCUAAGAAGCACACUGGUUAUGUUGGUUUGAAGAAUCAAGGUGCUACAUGCUACAUGAAUUCGCUUCUGCAAACACUUUUCUUCACAAACAAGCUGAGAAAGGCUGUUUAUCAAAUACCCACCGAAAGUGAUGAUUCUUAUCGUAGUGUUGCUUUGGCUUUACAAAGGGUUUUCUAUGAGCUUCAGUUUUCAGACAGACCAGUUGGAACUAAGAAAUUGACUAAAUCUUUUGGGUGGGAGACAUUGGAUUCCUUUAUGCAGCAUGAUGUUCAAGAGUUAUGCCGUGUGCUUUUAGAUAAUAUGGAAAGUAAAAUGAAAGGCACGUGUGUUGAAGGGACUAUACCUCGACUUUUCGAAGGAAAAAUGACCUCUUUUCUUCGUUGCAAGCAUGUUGACUAUACCUCAAGUAGAAAAGAACCUUUUUAUGACAUUCAGCUUAAUGUUAAAGGCAAGAAAACAAUUAUUGAAUCUUUCAAAGAUUAUUGUGCUACAGAAACGUUAGAUGGUGAAAAUAAGUACGAUGCUGGCGAAUAUGGCUUACAAGAGGCUGAAAAGGGAAUUUUUUUUUCAUCUUUGCCGCCUGUUUUACAUCUUCAUUUAUUACGUUUUCAGUAUGACCCCAUGACUGAUCAAAAUAUCAAAAUAAAUGACAGAUUUGAAUUUCCAGAGCAGUUAAAUUUAGAGGAAUUUUUAAAAAGUGAAGAAGAAUCACCACCUGCUGUCUAUACCCUUCAUGCUGUUCUUGUACAUAGUGGAGAUAAUCAUGGCGGUCAUUAUGUUGUUUUUAUCAAUCCAAAAGGAGAUGGGAAGUGGUGUAAGUUUGAUGAUGACGUUGUGUCCAGAUGUUCAAAGCAAGAAGCAGUAGACCAUAAUUUUGGUGGUCAUGAAGAUGAUAUAACGGUUAAGCAUUGUACCAAUGCUUAUAUGUUAGUAUAUAUUAAAGACAGUGCAAUAGCGGAUGUUUUACAGCCUGUAGCAGAAGCAGACAUACCUGACCAGUUAGUUGAAAGGCUCCAAGAAGAAAGGAGACAAGAAACGUUGCGUAGGAAAGAACGCAAUGAAGCUCAUUUAUACAUGAAUGUACAAAUUCUUACUUCAGAUAACUUUUGUGGCCAUCAAGGUACAGAUCUGUAUGACCCAGACAAAGUUAAUUAUAGGACUUUUAAAGUAAAAAAAUUAGCUACUUUGCGAGAAUUCAUGGAAUUGAUAGCAGAACAAAUGAGAUACCCUGUUGAUAUGAUUCGACCUUGGCCUUUAAUUUACCGAACAAACCAGACUUGUAGACCUGUUGCUGUUGAUUUUGAAACUGAUUGUGAAAAACCAGUUAUUGAUGUUGCUGAUAAUUCUAGUCCAUGGACGGUAUUUCUAGAAACUGUUGAACCGGACUCGGGUAUGAACGCAUUGCAAGAGUUCGAUAAGGAAACUGAUGUGCUUCUUUUCUUCAAAUUGUAUGACCCAAAACAUAAGCGCAUGUCAUACUGUGGACAUACUUACAUGUCUAUUAAUGCCAGGGCAAGUGCGUUAGUACCUGUUUUAAAUGAUAGAGCUGGUUUUCCUGAAGAUACAGAAUUAAUGCUUUUUGAGGAAGUGAAACCUAAUGUAGUGGAAAAGAUAGAUGAUAUUAAUUUACCACUAGAAAAAGUUUUAGAUGAGUUAAUGGAUGGUGAUAUUAUUAUUUUUCAAAGAGCAGAUAUUAAUUUUAGUGAUUAUGAUCUUCCAACUGCUAAAGAAUAUUUUCGUGAUCUCUUCCAUAGAGUUGAAAUUACAUUCUGUGAUAAAACUAUUCCUACAGAUGGUGGUUUUACUAUUGAAUUAUCUUUGAAAAUGAAUUACGAUCAGAUGGCGAAUGCUGUAGCACAGAAACUUAAUACAGAUCCAUAUCUACUGCAGUUUUUUAAAGCUCAAAAUUACAGAGAUGGACCAGGUGCAGCAUUAAGAUGUACUUAUGAUGGAACGUUAAAAGAUUUACUAGGUGUAAUAAAAGCUAAACAGCCAAAGAAAAUUUAUUUUCAACAGUUGAACAUCAAGGUUAGUGAACUAGAAAAUAAAAAGCAGUUUAAGUGCACAUGGGUGAAUAUCAAAUUAAAAGAAGAGAAAGAACUUGUAUUAUAUCCGAGUAAAAAUGGUACUGUUGCUGAUCUAUUAGAAGAAGCAAAAAAACAAGUUGAACUAUCCGAAAAUGGUUCUGGUAGGCUUAGGUUAUUAGAAAUAAUAAGUUAUAAAAUUUUCGCUGUCCAAAGAGAGGAUAUGUCUUUAGAUUCUCUGGGGAAUCCUGGAACUAAAUCAUUAAGAAUUGAAGAAAUACCUCAAGAUGAAUUGGAAAUAGCUGAUGACGAGUUAUUAAUUCCAGUUGCUCAUUAUCAAAAGGAGGUGUUUUCCACAUUUGGGGUGCCUUUCCUACUAAAAAUUAAACACAAAGAUGCUUUUAAAGAUGUGAAAUUAAGGAUACAAAAGAAACUUGAAGUGCCAGACAAAGAGUUUGAAAGGUACAAGUUUGCUAUUGUUGUUAUGGGUCGACCACAAAUUGUUGCAGAUGACUCAGACUAUCAUGUAAAUUUAUCUGAUUUUCUUCCUCAUUCACAGUCAGCAGGUGCAGUUCAACCGAGGCCUUGGCUUGGCUUGGAGCAUAUAAACAAAGCUCCUAAGCGAUCUAGAUAUAAUUAUUUAGAAAAAGCAAUAAAAAUUCACAACUGACAUUCGGAGUUUAAAUAUUUAUUGAAUUCUGUGACAAAAGCAUCCUCCAGCUUUGCAACUGAUCUCCGGUUGCCCCUGCUGCUGGGAAAUUCAUUGCAGUCAGUCUUUCAUCAUUGUACAAACAUUACUGAAGUAUGCGUUCCUUCUCACGUCUCGUAGUGUUUCCAAAGGAGUACUCAGCAAAAUUAAACUUUUGUGAAGAUGGGGGAAAACUCAACAUUGCUACUGCAGAAAACCAACAGCGUUGAAGCUGAACUUUGAGGCCUUUGUUAAACCUGUUGUUACUUUGCCAAGUAUCGAGAUAGCCGACUUGUCCAUGGACUUGUAUGCAACCAGGUAUCCCAUCUGUCUGAAUUUUAACAUGAGUGCUUGGAGCAAUGAAUUUUAGCUUGUUAACGUUGGUAAUAUGGGUAUAGGAUUUUGUGAUUAUAACUCCCAACACCACUGUCACAGGGCUGAACUGCAUUCAUUUGUUUUGAGCACUUGCACCAUUAACUUUGAAUUCCAUCGAAAAUAAAAAAAAUGAGUUACUUGUUCAAGAGGGUGUUUUUCUUAAUACUAAAGUUUUCUUCUCUGAAUAGCAUUAACAUUUAGUGUGCGUUUGUGUGAGCUUAAUAAUGCUCUGUGAAAACUUCAAUCAUGCCUUACUGUAAACUGUUUUUUUAGGAUUUUUUGAGUUUUCAGAGUUAUACAUUUGAAACAAAACAAUUAUGUAUUGUAUUGAACAACUGGUGUACAUUUAGUUUUGAAAUGCUUGCUCUUCCCUGUGCAUGGUGUACAUAUUUGAGAAGUAAUAAAUAAAACGUUGCCUUUGAUAUGAGGAUGCAGUGUCUGUUAGUUCAAAAAAUGCUUUAUAUUUUUGACUUUUCCUAUUAAUUAUGUGUAUUUUUAUUUAUUUCAGUAUUAUGAAAAUAUGAUCUUUGUAAAUUAUUUUGGCCAUAAAUCUGAAAGUAUUUUUAAUUGCUCCUUAUGAAAUGAGAAAUAAAAAUUCUUAGUUUUAUUGUCACUCUUCUCUUUUUAUGGAAAAACAAAUCUCGAUAUCAGACUGUACUGGUUUUUACUAUCAACUGUAAUUAACCUAAAAAUUAUAGUUUUAUUUUUUUCUCUCCUCAUUGUAACUCAAAUGUUAAUUUGUCAUUUGAGUAUUUGGUUUUAAAAGGAACUAUCUCAGUUUGAUUAUGACAAAAAGACUUUGUUUUUUAAUAAAACAUAUGUAAUAAAAAAAAACUGGUGUUUUACCGCAUCAAUUUUUAUCAGUUUUUUCUGUAUAUGCGAUAUUUUUUGUUGUGGAAUUGGCAUUCCUGUGUAAGUUUUUAUUCAUUUGUGCCUGUUUUCUGUGUUUAGAUAUUCUUUACGAACACCUCAAAAAAUAAAGUGAAACUUAUUUCACUUUUGUGUUUUGUACUAAAGUAUGUUUCUUUUGAAUCAUAAAUUGAACUGUGAAAUGUAAUAUAAUUUACAUGUUUAUUGAAUAUUUAAAUACUCUAUAAAAUAAAAUUAUUGCUGACA